UUGCAUCAUCACAAUACCGGUUUUUAUGUGAAUUAAAAUUUCAGGUACCGGUUUAUAAGGGAAUUGUGAUACGAAUUUCAUCAUUUGUACGAUUAGCAGUGUACGUGAACAGUUACUAGUAACAAGCUUAAGGGCAAAAAUGUGUGGAAUUUGGGCAUUAUUUGGUAGCGAGGAUGACGUUUCCAGCCAGUGUAAUGCUGUCCAUAAAAUCACCCACCGAGGACCCGAUGCUUUCCGCAUAGAAAACAUCAACCAUUUUAGAAACUGUUGUCUGGGCUUCCAUCGUUUAGCUAUUGUAGAUGAUAUAAAAGGCAUGCAGCCCAUGAGACUGUACACAUAUCCUCAUUUAUAUCUGAUUUAUAAUGGAGAGAUCUACAACCACGAAUUGCUGGAGAAAGAUUUUGAUUUGAACACCAGUACCACGUGUGAUGGGGAACCAAUCAUCCAUCUGUAUGCUAAACUCGGAGCCGAGAUGGCAGCCAGUCAACUUGAUGGAGUGUUCGCCUUCUGUAUCCUGGACACAGCUAAUAGAAAAGUCAUCCUGGGACGAGAUACAUUCGGUGUUCGUCCAAUGUUUAAGUUAUAUGACGAAGCUACGGGAUUCCUUGCUGUUUGUUCUGAAGCUAAAGGUUUAUUUGGACUAUCUCACAGUUUAAACGAUGCUAAAGCCAGUAUUGAACCAUUGUUACCUGGUCAUGUUGAAGUGUAUGAUCUAGAUCAAGAUGGUAAAGCCAGGUUUAUGGAGAGGAAGCGAUUUCAUAAGAUAGGAGAUCUACCUAAAUAUAGAACACUAGCACCACCAGUAGGUGAUGAAGUCCUUGCCAACAUCAGAAACUUGUUUGAAGCAGCCGUGAAGAAAAGGUUGAUGUCCGAGCGAAGAAUUGGCUGUCUACUUUCAGGUGGUUUAGACUCUAGUCUUGUAACAGCUUUAUUAGUCAAAGAUGCCAAAGAGCAGAAGUUACCCUACCCUAUCCAGACGUUCGCCAUUGGUAUGGAAGGUAGUCCCGACUUACAAGCCGCUAAAACGGUAGCCAACUAUCUAGGAACAGAUCACCAUGAAGUUGUCUUCACACCGGAAGAAGGUGUACGAGCAAUUGAAGAUGUCAUAUAUCAUUUAGAAAGUUAUGACAUCACAACUAUACGAGCAUCAGUUGGAAUGUAUUUAAUAAGUCAGUAUAUCAGUAAGAAGACGGAUACAGUUGUGAUAUUAUCUGGUGAAGGUUCUGAUGAACUAGCUCAAGGUUAUAUAUAUUUCCACAAGGCACCUUCAUCCGAGGAGGGGGACAGAGAGAGCAGACGACUACUAGAAGAUCUUUAUAUGUAUGAUGUACUCCGGGGUGAUAGGACUACCUCGGCUGCUGGAUUAGAAAUUCGGGUGCCAUUUUUAGAUCAUCUGUUUACAAGUUAUUAUCUGUCUAUUGCACCUGAACAACGUAAACCAAUUAAAGGUAUAGAAAAAUAUCUUCUCCGUUCAGCAUUCAGUGAUACUGGUCUUCUACCCAAUGAUAUUCUAUGGAGGCCGAAAGAGGCCUUUAGUGAUGGUGUGUCAUCUAAAACUAAAUCCUGGUUUAGUGUCAUUCAGGAUCAUUGUGAUCAACAAGUGAACGAGGAUGAACUGGAACAAGCAGCUACACUUUAUCCAUUCAACACACCAAAAACUAAAGAAGCAUAUUAUUAUAGAAAAAUCUUCGAAAGUCGUUUCCCCAACAAAUCAAAAUGGAUUCCCUAUUUCUGGAUGCCCAAAUGGUGUGAAACAUCCGAUCCUUCAGCUCGUACCUUGAAACAUUACAAAUAAAUUGUGUUGAAUAUAUACUGCAAGCUCAAGCCCGAAUCAUUUACAUAUUCAUCUUCUUUCGUUGAAAAUGUUAAUAAACCAUUUCAAAAUACUG